CGGUUUCUGCUUUUUCUUCUUCACAAAAAGCAACAAAUCUGUCAAAAGAAAACAGUGUCAUUAUAUACAUUUCUUAUAAGAACUUCAACAACUGCCAGUCUGAAACCACAUCUCUCUCUCUCUCUCUCUCUCUCUCUCUCUCUACUUUUUCUUCUCUCAAAUUUUUGGAGUUCAGUUAUGGAAAACCAACGUAGUGCUCUUCUGGGUUGGGCUUACUUUUUCCAAGGAAAGAAUAUUGAAGAAUUGAGGCAUUCGCUUUUCUGCGCGACUCUCGAGUUGGAACAAACGAGAGUUGCAGUUCAAGAGGAGCUAAGAAAGAGAGAUGAACAGUUAAUUCAUCUCAAGGAUCUUUUCAGCAAAGCCAUUAGAGAGAGAGAUGAAGCUAAUGAAAAGUUUCAGAAGUUACUCAUUGAGAAGCUUUUACUACAGCGGCAGCAACAGCAGCAAAGAACUGACCCUCAUUCAGGAAUUUCCAGCAUUGAAGAUGAACCAAAGAAAGGGAUUGAUUCUAUCAAUGGCUUUUCCUUGUCAGAUUGUGAAGAAAGCAUUGUCUCAUCUCCUGCCAUUGACCCAAUUCCGCCACCACAGUUUCCUCCAACUAUACCGCCACCGCACAUCGAGGUGGAAUUGGUUCCAGAGAAGCCAUUGCCUGAAAAAGGCAAGCUCUUGGAAGCAGUGAUGAAAGCAGGUCCUUUGCUUCAGACUCUACUUGUGGCUGGACCUCUGCCUGAGUGGAGACAUCCACCACCACCACUUGAAUCAUUCGAAAUCCCGCCGGUGACAAUUCCAUCGACACCUCCGUCGCACAUGCUCCGAGAUUCUCCAGUUACCUUCAACGGCAGUAGCCACAUUACCAAUUGUGGAAACAGGAAAAGGGCUUUCUUGGAAGGCUCUGAUUCUCCAACAGAGACAAAGUGUCAAAGGCUUGCUCCUUGCUGACAACUACAAAAACAAAGGACAGCAAAAAAACAUAAGCAUAGUCUAAUAUUAGUAAAGAGCUAAUUAAGAUGAAAAAAGAAUUGGGUUAGUGGCUGAUUUUAGUGGUUGUACAGAGGUUUAUGUUAUAGGUAAGAAACUCUCUCUUUCUAGGUAUGAGGAAGCUACAACAGAGGAAGUCUCCCUCUACUUUCCCCCUUUCUGUCAUCACUCUGACUGAGUUGCCUAGAGUGAAGUUUUUAUGGCCACCCUUUUACUUCACACUCAUCUUUUUCUUUUUCAAACUCCUGAGAAACGGAGUCGAAUUUUUCCAGAAUUGUUUUUAGCUAUAUUCUAUUCCAAUUCUGAGACGUCUCCUGUC